AUGUUAAAUGAGUGUUCAAAGUCUCAAGUCAAGGAGCUGCCACUGUUGGAAAGUCCGGGCCCCCCACCACAGGUUAGCACAUUGGCUACUAAAAUUAUUCACUCCAGUUUAUGUGACAUUUUGAAAGAAUGUGAUUCUGAAGCCUCAGAUUAUACAGACAUUAAAAGUGACCACAGUGCUUCAGUAGAAACAUUAGCUACUUCAAUAAGGAGAGAAGUUAUUGAUUACCAAUUUCAGGGACCAUUGGCAAAAGCAUCAUCUUCUACUAUAUUUAAGCCUCUAGAAUCUGGGUUAAUUUCUGAAGAGGUUUUACAGAAGGCCAACAAACUCAGCACACAAUGCCAGACUUCCACCACACAUACUAUUAGGGUACCACGUGGAUUUUUAGAAGAUAUAAUUACCAAACUGUUAUCUAAAAUUCUCCCUGAACACUCCAACAUGUCUUCCUCUGCAGAAAAGGAAAAUCAGAUUGCAGAAUUUGACUUUAAUCACAUGAAGCUAGUAAGUAAGGUUAUGACAGAAAUCUCUAAAGAUCAGAAUUUGAUUAUUCAGUAUGUUAAAUGUUUGCAUCGAGAUGGCGAUGCCAUUAUUCAAACAGUCGUAGAAUCCGUGUACAAUAAGCUUUUGCCACAGUUUGGAUCCCAAUUAACAAUACAGAAGUGUUUAAAAAGUGGGUGCACAAUUCUUUCUGAAGCAAUAGCUGGCUUGGUAUUAAGAGAGAUCUCAAGGAAUCAAUUGCAGAACUUUUUUUCUGGAGAAUUAACACCUCACCAAUGUGCUGAAGCGGACAAUGUUGUUGAAGAUAUGCUUAGAGAUCUCACCGAACCCUUGGAUCACACAAACCCCAUAACAUCAGAUAUUAGUGAAUUAUCUUCUCUCAUCAUAGAAGAACUGUCAGCUAAACUUUUACAUAAACUCUUGUCCAUAUUUCCCAUUUUGGACUUAGAUGCACAAAAUAUUUCUUCAGUGAAGGAUGUAACUUCCAAAAUAAUGAAUUCACUGCAAGUGCUCCUUUCAAAAAAUCAGAUAAAGAUUAGUGAAAAUAUCAAUGAACCAGACUCUUUACAAGAAGAAGACAGCAAAGCUACUGGAGAUGUUGUCAAUUCUGUUUAUAUGCGCAUUUUGAAACAAUCUGACUCUGAUGUUUCUAUUCACAAAGAUCUAACAAACAAGAAUGAUGUUUUAGCUAAUAGAAUAGCUUCUUUAAUGGUAAGUGAUACUUCUAAACAUGAAUUUCAACCCAUUUCGGAGGAAGAGCCACCACCCAGUUCACCUUUAAUGCUGGAGGCUGUCAAUAUUAUUAAAAAGAUUCUUACCAAUAUAGAGAUGCCGAAACAUCCCUUGGCAUCACAUAUCCCUGUGUUACCAGUAAUGUUUGUGGAAGAAAUAUUAAGUAGAUUCUUGUCUAAAAUCUUAAAGUCAACUCACAGCAGAAGCCCAGAAAAAAGAAGUUUAUCAAAGACUGAAGUGAAUGAAGUUGCUGGGAAGCUGAAACAGUCCAUGGAAAAACUAAUGUCCAAAAAUAAAAUCAGUCUUGUAGAAGCAGCAGGUGAUAUGGCAAAUCCAGAACACAACGAGACUCUUAAUCAAGUGGCUCAUGCUAUUUACAAUAAUGUCCUGCAAAAAUCUGGAUCUCAGCAAGACUUUUAUGAUAAUGUAACAAGUUCCAGAACAAAUUUUCCUCAACAAGUAGCUAGUAUAAUAAUUAACGAAAUCUCUAAUUGCCAUCUAGCACUUGCUUUUAAAGACAAUCCACCGAUGGUCAGCCAGAGCGCUAUAGCACUUGACAGAAUUGUUGACAGAGUCCAUGCACAAAUUUCCCUUCAUACAGUGCCUGCACCAGAAUGUUCAAUCAGAGAUGAAAAUGCAAAUGAGCGACCAACAGAAACCAGGCUACCCAUUAAAAUAAUCCCUUAUAUUGGAAAUAAAGCAUUACAAAUAGAUCCGGACAUUGUGUCAGAACAUUUAGCAGUUAUUUCCAUAAAAACAGAGCCUCUUGAGGAGCUGAAAAAAGCAUGCUUCGCUUACACUGGACUGAGUAUAGCAGACCUGAGAAGAGCAUCAGUGGCUGGGAAGAGUCCUGCAGCUGAAACUAGUGGAGCUGAAGAAAAGAGAAAAAGAGAAAGACGUCCCUCUCUGGAUGUGUCAGGACGGCUGGAUGUAAAACCAAAGGAGCCUGUCAGCAGAAAUUCAUUCUGGGACAUGUUUAAACCUGACAUAGCUAAAGUGGAACUUUUAAAAGAUGUAGAGAACCAGCAGGAUCUUAUCAUGCGACUAGUAACCCAUGAUAUUGAGGCAAAGGUGAAGCAGCGAGAAGAGGAGGAAGAGGCAGCUUUUGAACAAAUUUUAAAAGUAGAAUCCUCUUUGAUUUUUGAGAACCAAUCACCCCCAGACACAGCAGGGAGAGAGGACAUGGCGUCUGCUCGUCCAUUGGAGAAGCAGCGAUAUGAGAGUGAAGCCUCAUUGCCAGAAGUCAGGCCAAGCACUAGCAGCCAGAAGAAAUUUCUGUCUUUGAGCAAGUGUUGCCAAGCCUUGUCAAACUCGAUUCCUGAUGAUAUUGAAGAUAUCGUCAGAGAAAUAAAAGAUGACCAGAAUAAUCUGAGCCUUCUCCCUUCGGCUAGUACACAGGAUAAUUUAAUUGCCGCCCCAUCAACUGGGAAAGAGGCUCAAUACAAGGUCAUUUCAACCAUCAAGCUGAAAGUGUUCAACACGGGCGGGUAA